GGGGAGGGGCCAGGGCAUUUGUAUCUGGAGCUGCUGCUGGGGGGAGUCUUUCACUGGGGCUUUAGGGGAGUUCUUCCCCCCCUCCCCUCACUUAUUGGUUUGUUCUGCCCCAGAGACUUCUGGGUCUUUCUGCCCCUCACUGGGCCCCUGGGACUUUGGUUGGUUCAGUUUGGGGCAGAAUUUGCCUUUGUACAAUUGGCCAAGAUCUGACACUGACUCACUACCGGGGUAAGUUCUAGCACUUCAUUGUACUGGGGCAAUUAGUCUCUGAUUAACCCUUCCCUGGGUACUGGGACAAUUAGUCUAUGUUUAACCCUUCCCUGGGUACUGGGACAAUUAGUCUGUUUAACCCUUCCCUGGGUACUGGGGCAAUUAGUCUGUGAUUAACCCUUCCCUGGGUACUGGGGCAAUUAGUCUGUUUAACCCUUCCCUGGGUACUGGGGCAAUUAGUCUGUUUAACCCUUCCCUGGGUACUGGGACAAUUAGUCUACAUUUAACCCUUCGUUGGGUACUGGGGCAAUUAGUCUAUGUUUAACCCUUCCCUGGGUACUGGCACAAUUAGUCUGUUUAACCCUUCCCUGGGUACUGGGGCAAUUAGUCUGUUUAACCCUUCCCUGGGUACUGGGGCAAUUAGUAUGUUUAACCCUUCCCUGGGUACUGGGACAAUUAGUCUAUGUUUAACCCUUCCCUGGGUACUGGGACAAUUAGUCUAUGUUUAACCCUUCCCUGGGUACUGGGGCAAUUAGUCUCUGAUUAACCCUUCCCUGGGUACUGGCACAAUUAGUCUGUUUAACCCUUCCCUGGGUACUGGGGCAAUUAGUCUAUGUUUAACCCUUCCCUGGGCACUGGGACAAUUGGUCUAUGUUUAACCCUUCCCUGGGUAUUGGGACAAUUAGCAUCAGUUCAACCUUCUCUUCAGCUGUCUCCAGAGUUGGGUAGUGGUUCCCAUCAGAGAUGGAGGGCCCAGAGGUAACUGAGGGGGACAAUGUUCUGAACUUGACCCACCUGGGUCUUGAGAACCUAAACUUGGAGCUGGUGAGUGAGAACAAGAGGAAAGACGUCCAACAAUUACUUCUGCCCCACAACCGCCUGGUCUUCUUACCCCCCCUGGUGGCCUCCUUGUCCCACCUGCACCUGUUGGACAUCAGCAACAACAACUUGGUCUACAUUGGGGACGAGAUCCUGGGACUGACCAAGCUGAAGACCCUGCUGGCCAAAAACAACCGCCUGGAUGAGUUCUCCUUCCCCAAAGAGAUGGGGAGAAUGAGGCUGGAGGUGCUCAACCUGAGUGGGAACCGCUGUGAGGAGAUACCUGAGCAGUUUCUGCAGAUCCCCACCUUAAAGAGCCUGUCGCUGGGGGGGAACCGGCUGAAGAGCAUCCCGGCUGAGAUAGAGAACCUGAUCAGCCUGGAAUUCCUGUACCUGGGGGGAAACUUCAUCAGCUCCAUCCCCCCGGAACUGGCCAACCUGCCGUAUCUCAGCUACUUGGUUCUGUGCGACAACCGGAUCCAGAGUGUCCCCCCUCAGCUGGCCCAGGUUCACUCCAUGCGCUCCCUCAGUUUGCACAACAACCUCCUGACUUACCUGCCCCGUGAGAUUCUCAGCCUGGUGCACCUGCAGGAGCUCAGCUUGCGGGGGAACCCCCUGGUGGUGCGCUUUGUACGAGACCUCACCUACACCCCUCCCACAUUAUUGGAACUGGCCGCACGCACCAUCAUGAGCCGCGGCAUUCCUUACUGCCCCCGGGAACUGCCCGAAAACUUGCUCAGGUACCUGGACCUGGCCAGCAAGUGCCCCAAUCCCAAGUGUGGGGGUGUAUAUUUCGAUUGCUGUGUGCGGCAGAUCAAAUUUGUGGAUUUCUGUGGGAAGUACCGCCUACCUCUCAUGCACUACCUGUGCUCCCCAGAGUGCUCCUCCCCCUGUAGCUCCACCUCCCAGAGUGAGUCUGACUCCGAGGAUGAGGCUAAUGCCGCCGCACGCAGAAUGCAGAAGGUGCUUCUGGGAUAAGUUCUGGGGACUGGACCGUUCUGUUUCUCUCUCUGAAUCAGGGGCCCUGACUGUGCAGGGGACACAAGGGAUUUGGCCUUUCCAGUCUCCCAUUGGCUCAUAUAUUCACCCUGAUUGUGUGACCCAAUGAGAUUCCUGCAGACUCCAGAUCUGGAACAGUUUGUGUGAUCCUAUUGGUGCUGAGUGGCUCCUCCUACAAGGAGUCCGUUGUUAUAAAGUCAGACGCACGGACAUCAUACGAUCCCCCCAGAAUCAGGGAGGGGGCAAGUCUCCUGUGUGACUUAUAUUAUGUCCAUAGUGUGAAUACACUGCCUGGGGUCUCCCCCCACAUGUGCCGGGACUGGAACGAUAGGGUUGCUGGGAGUUGCAUAUAGAGGGUUACAGGUUGCCCACCCUUGAUUUGGAGCAGCAAGACGGUGCCCCCAAGUACUGAUGAUUGACUGGCGCCAGAGCUCUGGAGAUUUUAUUGGGGGCACUUUGUGACUUUUCUCUCUGAUAAACUAAAGCCAAAUACCAACACCCAGUCUGGCACCAAUGUCCCCCCUCCCUCAGGCUCUGACUUAAUAUUGGCACUAAUUAUGUCAUUAAUUCACCUGCCAUUAAUGACCUCUCCAGGAUCUCCGCCCGGGUCCAUAACGACCCUCAAAGACACCCGCUAGAGAUGCCCUUGUGCCAGCGAUUGGUGCCUUACAAUCUUUGUCCUUUCAUAAAAUCAAUAAAUCCGAUUGCAAAUC